GAGAAUUUCUAGACAAGGUCGUAUCUCUAUUGCUUCAUUCAAACACCACCGUUUAACAUACCCCGUACUUCGUCAACGAAUCAAUUUGACUCCUCUAUCCAGUCAAAAUGUCGGACGAGAUUAUUUGGCAGGUUAUCGACAAACAAUUUUGCAGUUUUAAACUAAAAACUACGAAAGAAAAGAACUUUUGUCGAAACGAGUACAAUGUGACAGGUCUCUGCAAUAGACAGUCAUGCCCUCUUGCCAACUCUCGUUAUGCUACCGUUCGAGCGCAUCCUACGAAGGGUACCUUAUACCUCUAUAUGAAGACAAUCGAACGAGCACAUAUGCCAUCGAAGUUAUGGCAGAAAAUCAAGCUAUCCCAGAACUAUGCCACCGCCCUCAAGCAGAUCGAUGACCAACUCAUCUACUGGCCCAAAUUCCUAGUCCACAAGGCAAAACAACGAGUUACUAGACUUACACAAGUGGCGAUUAGGAUGAGAAGGCUCGCUAAGGAAGAUGAACGCUUAGGCGAGAAGCUCGUGCCUAAGCUGGCACCUAAGAUCAGACGACGAGAAGAGACUAGAGAACGCAAAGCUGAGGCUGCCGCCAAGUUAGAACGCACAAUCGAGCGAGAGCUUAUGCAGAGAUUACGCGAGGGUGCAUACGGCGACCAACCUCUCAAUGUUAGCGAAACUAUUUGGAAGAAGGUGCUUAACGCCAUGGAACGUGAGGGCGAAGGUAAAAGAGAUAAGGAUCUUGAUAAGGGCAUUGAAGACGAGGACGAGGACGAGGAUGAGGAUGAGGAUGAAAAUGAGCUGGAGUAUGAGCAAGAAGAAGAGGACGACAUCCCCGACGGAGCUAUCGAAUAUGUCAGCGACUUCGACGAGAGUGAGGACGACCUAGAGGACAUCGAAGACUGGCUGGAAAGUGACGAAUCCGAUAAAGAAGAGGAGUCAGACGAAGAGACCGAGGAGGAAUCAACUAAGAAGGCGGUGGGCGAAAAGAGAAAGAGAGCGCGUGUCAUCCGUGCGAAGCCGAAGAAGACAGCUCGACGUGGAAAGGAGAUUGAACAUGAGCACGAGUUUGAGCGGCAUCGGGAUGAGCUGGCCUUCUAGAAGGCAAUUCGCUGGCAAUUGCUAGUAAGUGCUGGUACGAAUCCAAGCAUCCGACACCCUCAUUGCAUUCAAAACUCUUGAUACCCUCUUUGAUACUUGGUUCAAUGCUGUACCUAGUGUAUCUUAUGACCUUUCCUAGGUUCAUAUAUGUAGAUAAAAUAGCAACAAGCUUGGGGCUGGGUUGC